UCUCCCCUGCCGCAGCCUCUGCCUCCACCUCUGCUCCGGCUCCGACCGCAGCCCCAGCCCGGGCCCCUGUCCCGGCCCCGCCCGCGGCUCCGGAGGCCCCGCCGCGGGCACCAUGCUGCCCAGCUCCAUUCAGAUUUCCGGGGAGCCGCUGUCAGGCGCCGAGGUGCGGGACAUCUGCCGCGGCCUGCGCGACAACGCCGUGCGCCUGCUCUCACUGCGCGGCUUCCGCCUCUGCGACCGCGACUUCGGCCGCACUUGCCGGGCCCUUGCCGGGGCCACGUCCCUGGCGCAGCUCAACCUUAACCUGGGUGUCGUGUCCAGCCCCAGCCGCAUCAAGCAGCUGGCGGAGGCGCUGAGGACCAACCGCUCCAUCCAGUCCCUCUUCCUGCACGGGAGCCCCCUGACUGAUGCUGGCCUGGCCUUGCUGAACCCAGCCCUGGCCCUCCACCCUGCCCUUGUGGCUCUGGACCUGGGGGACUGCAUGCUGGGUGAUGAAGCCAUCAACCUCAUCUGUGGCCUCCUCCCCCCAGAUGGGGCCAAGUCUGGCUUGAAGGAGCUAACGCUGAGUGCCAACCCUGGCAUCACCCCUAAGGGCUGGAGCCGCCUCGCCAUUGCUGUGGCCCACAGCUCCCAGGUCCGCGUCCUCAAUCUGGACUACAACCCCCUGGGUGACCACGUGGCAGGGAUGCUGGCUGUCGCUGUGGCCUCCAGCCGCACCCUAGAGGUCCUAGACUUGGAGGGAACAGGGCUCACCAACCAAUCAGCUCAGACACUGCUGGACAUGGUAGAAAAUUACCCCACAGCUUUGCGGAGCCUGGUGUUGGCUGAGAACAGCAUUAGCCCAGAGCUGCAGCAGCAGAUCUGUGACCUUCUGUCUGAGGGGGAGGAGGAGGAGGAAGUGGCAGGAGGUGCUGGUGACACCCAGGAAUGGGAGAGAGGGCGGGAGCCUGCUGCCCACCAGAGGAACAGCAGCUCCUGGAUGUGCCCCAGCGAUCCCAGCUCUCAGAUGGUCCUAAUGACGUCAGGACUAGGGGACAGUCUUUUGGCUGAGACCGAGAUGUGACUCUCCACUUGGGAUGCUGCGCAUCAUUUCAUUUGUCUCUGUCCCCAGCACCUUGCCCCAAAUGUCAGGGUCAGGCCCUGGGCUUGGGAGGGAGUGGGGGAAGGAGACCUGCCCGGGGCUCUGGCAGCUCCUGGCAGUAUGGUGGGAGGCUCUGGAAGCUGUGACUGGGCGAUGGCUUUGGGGGGUGGGAGACUUGAACCCAGGGCAAUGCCUCUGGACUUGGCAGCUGUGGCUGCAACCCGCUGGCUCGGAAGAGAUUUUAUGAACUCCAUGACUGGUGUGCGACUGAGGUCACUGGGGGCUGGCAGCAGGGGAGGAACUGGAACUAUCACGACGCACCACUAGGGAGCAGCACUGCCCCACAGCCCAAACUCCAAGCAGCAGACAAGGGUCCUCAAUCUCUCACACAGGUCUCAGCCCCAGGACCUGGGGUUUUGCGGUGACACCCUACAGAAGCUCUGUAAAAACUGUAGCUGAAAAAGCCACCUCCAGAGCUGGUCUACACCAGUCCCCUGGAGGCCCUGCCAAGGUUGUCUGAGGUGCCUAUCUCCUACUGCCUGACUGAGUGUCCAGGGGAGCCCCAGGCAAGAAGUCACCGGCCAACACUACGACGAGACUAGAAC